AUGAAGCCGGUCCGGGCCGUGGCGGCAUGGCUGCUGCUGCUACUGCUGCUGCUGUCGUCGCCGCCAUGGCCGCCGCGGGUCGGGGCGGUGGAGCCCAUCAGCCUGACGCUGGCCCUGGCGGGGGUCCUGACCGGCUACAUCUCCUACCCGAGCCUCUACUGCUACUUCACCGAGUGCUGCGGCCGGAAGCGGACCCUCAGCCGCGAAGCGCUUCAGAAGGAUUUGGACAGGAAACUCUUCGGACAGCACCUGGCAAAGAAAGUGAUUCUGAACGCGGUAUCGGGGUUCAUAAGCAACCCGAAGCCCAAGAAACCUCUCACCCUGUCUCUGCACGGAUGGACUGGCACAGGCAAAAAUUUCGCCAGCAAGAUCAUCGCCGAGAAUAUUUACGACGGCGGCCUGAAGAGUCACUACGUCCAUCAGUUUGUAUCCACGCUACACUUUCCACAUGCCCAGAACCUCAAUCAAUAUAAGGACCAGUUGCAGUUAUGGAUUCGGGGAAAUGUGAGUGCGUGCUCCAGGUCUAUCUUCAUAUUUGAUGAGAUGGAUAAAAUGCCCUCUGGACUCAUAGACGCUAUUAAGCCAUUCCUAGACUACUAUGAUUUGGUAGAUGGGGUGUCCUAUCAGAAAGCCAUCUUCAUCUUUCUCAGUAAUGCAGGAGCUGAAAGGAUAACAGACGUGGCUUUGGAUUUCUGGAAGAGUGGCAGAGAAAGAGAAGAAAUAAAGCUCAAAGACAUGGAACAUGCAUUAUCUGUGUCCAUCUUCAAUAAUAAAAACAGUGGCUUCUGGCACAGCAGCUUAAUAGACAAGAACCUCAUCGAUUAUUUUGUGCCAUUUCUCCCCCUGGAAUACAAACACCUGAAGAUGUGCAUCAGAGUUGAAAUGCAAUCACGAGGCUACGAAGUUGAUGAGGACAUUGUCUCGAGGGUAGCGGACGAGAUGACCUUUUUCCCCAAAGAGGAGAAAGUGUACUCUGAUAAAGGCUGCAAAACUGUGUACACCAAGUUGGAUUAUUACUAUGAUGACUAAAUACUUCAGGGUGCACUAAAUCGGCACUGGAUAAGAAUAUAUCUGAAGUGGAACCAGUUUGGGCUCUUUUACUCCUUGUCCUCGAAGAAGAGGAAAAGCCUUUUAGGACUUGCGAAGACGAUUUCUACGAGAACUUUUGGAGGAAAGCGUCGGAGCCGCAGCGUUGUAACAAAAAAAUUAUCUCUUUCUUUUGGAGGAGUCUUCUUGAGUUACGUAAGAACAGACACCAGUGAUGGAAGGGUUGAUAAUUACGUAUCACAUUUUUUGGAAUGGUGCCAAUUAUUUUUGUAAUCACAUUUUAAUUACAGAGGUUUGUUUUGAGGAAGAAGGCGAAACAGGUUUUAAUGUAAAAUGUCAGGUCUAAUUUUUAAUGAGAAGUCCCAGUUUUUUGCAGUACCUCACUAAUCAUGUCCUCCGUGCAGAAAACCAAAGCACAAAUGAUCUGAAAUGCAUUUCAUAAAGCAGCUCUGUCAGAAGCUGAAAAAAUUGAAGAAUACUCUCUUGGUCUGAAGUAGAGGAAAGGAAUAAUGAAGUUAUCACUUUAGGUUUAUCCAGAUGGGCAGAAAGAUUUAUAGUACAAAUAAUCUGGAAGGUGGCGCGUAAGGCUGUUUACACGUAAGUUGUGAUAUGUUCUUUUUAAUGGAGCCGCGUGGACAUGAAUGGUAUCGAUGAUUAUAAUUAUGGUAUUUAUUAAGCGCUUACUACUUGCCUAAGGAUGUUACUAAGCGCUUGGGGUCAAAACUGAAGAUUAGGGUAAUUUAACAGAUCCCACGGUGACAAAGUUUAGGGUCAAAAUCAGCCUCUUGAGCCCUGACUCUAAACGUAUUUCCAGCCGAAAGCUAAUAUCAGUUUUCCCCACUGGAGCCUAAUUCCAGGUUUACUUGAGUUGCUGGCUGGAUUAAUUGCCCAUAUCUUCAAAGCCUUCCCCUAUCAUCGCAUUUUAUUUUAAAAUACUGAAACUACCUGGGAAAACAGUGUAAAUGCAUCACCUAAAAGUGGUUUUAUUUAUAAAUAUAAGUGACUCCAAUUUUACAAUAAAACUUGAUUUUCUAGUCUGAA